AUGCUUCCGACUUAACAAGAUGUGUGGACAUGCAGUCCGGUAAGCUGCACAGUAUGAAAAGUCAUGACUGUCAUGUCUUCAUGGAAAGAUUAUUACCGAUAGCAUUAAAGGAGUUGCUCCCGGUUCAUGUGUGGAAAGCUGUUACUGAGAUCAGCCUCUUUUUUCGUGAUUUGUGUUGCUCCACCAUCACAGUAAAGGACAUGGAAAGAUUGGAAAAGAACAUAGCCGAGAUCCUUUGUAAACUUGAAAAGAUUUUCCCACCAUCAUUCUUCAAUUCCAUGGAACACUUACCGGUUCACCUUCCACGCGAAGCUAGGCUAUGUGGUCCCGUACAAUACCAUUGGAUAUAUCCCUUUGAAAGGUUCCUUAAUCAUUUAAAACCAAAAUUGGUAAUAAGGCUCGUGUGGAGGGUUCCAUUUGUAAUGCGUACUUGUGUGAAGAGAUUGCAAACUUCUGUUCCAACUAUUUUCAGCAAGGAGUGGAUACUAAGACACGAGAUUUAGGCCGUAAUGUCACUGAUGAAGUUGAUAGGAUGCUCGACGAAAAUGUCCCAGAACUAUUUAGAGUUGAUUGUGGUCGGCCGUCAAAUGC